AUUACUCUGUGUGUGAAUAUCACCACCUUCCCCCCAAAGAGAGAAUCUACGAAGUGUGACAGAGCCAAGAAUCAACUUAGACUCGUUGGAUAGGAUUCAGAAGCUCUAGAGUUGAUGACGUUGGAUAGCCCAUCCGAUCUUACCUUGAGGGGUUUGCCAAGCUCUCGCGAGCAAGAGAGCGAGUGGAAUGCAGUUGAUCUCUCCAACAAAAAACACCUAAUGGAAGAUAAGCAAAGCCAUGGUGGGGAUCACUCAGAAUCAAAUAUGCUUAUCCACAGGCUUGGCCGAGACAUGUCAAUUAACUGUCUUCUUCACUGCUCGAGGUCUGAUUAUGGUGUGAUUGCAACCUUAAAUAAUGGCUUUCGGUCUCUUAUAAGAAGUGGUGAGUUGUACAAGCUAAGGCGACAAAUGGGAAUCGUUGAGGAUUGGAUUUACUUUUCUUGCACCCUCCUUGAAUGGGAGGCUUUUGAUCCUCAACGUCAACGAUGGAUGCAUUUGCCAAGAAUGGAUUCCAAUGAGUGUUUCAAGUGCUCUGACAAGGAGUCGUUGGCUGUUGGAACUGAACUUCUUGUUUUUGGAAAGGAAAUAAUGUCCCAUGUUAUUUACAAGUAUAGCAUUCUAACCAACACAUGGUCAUUUGGUACAAAAAUGAACACACCAAGGUGCUUGUUUGCAUCUGCCAGUCUUGGUGAAAUAGCAAUUCUAGCUGGUGGUUGUAAUCCAAAAGGCAAUAUUUUGAGCUCAGCGGAGCUAUAUGACUCGAAAACUGGCACAUGGAUUACUCUUCCAAACAUGAAUCAAGCUAGGAAGAUGUGUUCUGGAGUAUUUAUGGAUGGAAAAUUUUAUGUCAUUGGCGGCAUUGGAAGUGACAAGUCCAAGAUUCUUACAUCUGGGGAAGUGUAUGACCUGAAAACAAAGACAUGGAGAGAGAUACCUAACAUGUUCCCAACACGAAAUGAAGAGUCUGGGUCAAUUGAGGUGCUUGCUGCUGCUGAGGCACCUCCCUUGGUUGCAGUUGUAAAUAAUGAGCUUUAUGCAGCUGAUUAUGCAAAAAUGGAGUUGAAGAAAUAUGAAAAAUGUAGGAACUUGUGGAUCACACUAGGGGGGUUACCUAAACGGGUAGCUUCCAUGAAUGGUUGGGGAAUAGCUUUUAAGGCAUGUGGGGAUCAGCUAAUUGUUAUUGGUGGACCUAGGGUUUUGAGUGGAGGGACAAUUGAGCUCAACUCUUGGGUUCCUAAUGAUGGCCCACCACAAUGGAACUUGCUAGCCAGGAGGCCCCAAGGUGGUAAUUUUGUUUAUAAUUGUGCCAUAAUGGGAUGUUGAAUUGUGCAUCAAGUUUUGGCAAGUGGUGACACAAUAUGUCAUAUCCAUCGCAUGAAGUUCUUUCUACAGGAAAUUAUAGCUAUAGCUUGCAAGCUAGAAAGGGUUUUAAAGGGCGAGUAAUCUCUGCUUUCCUUUUUUGGGGGGAAAUUUUAGGUUUAAAUUUUAAGCCAUAGAUAUAGUUAUAGGAGGAGGUCUAAAGGAGGUUUUAAUUUAGACUUCUAGUUCAUCUUUAGUUCCCUCCUUUGUUCUUUUACCUUUCCUUUUUCUUGUUUGUUUUUGUGUUUGUUAAGUAAAGAGUAAAAUGUUGUUUUUUUAUUUGGUUACCAUCAAGGCUUGUCAAAGGUUGAGUCUUGUAGAGAUUGCAUUGUUUAAUAAUUUCAAGUACAAUCA